AUGGAUUUGUUCGUUGUACCACAUAGAUCGAAGACAAGGUUUGCAGAUGCGGCGUUGGUGCUGGAAACUCAAGCCAAAAACAUCGUUGUCGUUCUCGCUUCACCCAAUCUCGCCGGUGAUGACAGACGUCGUUGUCGUUCUUUCUUACCCUUUCAGCGUCUUUCUCACCCGAAAAACAAAGAUGUUGUGAAGCCAACGAAACCAGAGGCCUCUCACCCCUUGCUGUCUGCACCACAAAUCCCCAAACCCUCCAUCUUCAUCUUCAUCUUCGCGUCACAUGCCGUGUUGAAUCGGAACCACCUCUAUUGCAGACAGACCAUGGUGGUGCCGACGGGACGUCGUUUGUCCGUCAUCGCUUCUCAUCUUCGCCAAAUUCCCAUUCCACCAACUAUGACCAAUGUUUCUUCAUCUAUUGUCUCGCCCUCUCAUUGCAAUUCCUCAGAUUCUGAGAAGCUGCGCAAUCUCGAGGCUGAUUGUGUUUUCUGUAAGAUUAUUCGAGGCGACGCACCUGCUUUAAAGCUAUACGAAGAUGAUACAUGCCUAUGCUUUUUGGAUACAAAUCCUGUUAGCCCUGGGCACUCUCUUAUUAUUCCAAGAAGCCAUUUUCCAUCUCUGGUAGCAACUCCUCCAUCUGUGGUAGCUGCCAUGUGCUCCAAAGUCCCUUAUAUUAGCAAGGCAGUUAUGAAAGCCACUGGUUCUGAUUCUUUCAACUUGUUGGUGAACAAUGGUGUGGACGCAGGCCAAGUUAUAUUUCAUACACACAUUCAUAUAAUACCUCGUAGGGCACGAGAUUGCUUAUGGGCUUCUGAGAGCUUGAAGAGGCAUCCAUUGAAGGUAGACAAGGAAGCUAUGCAUCUUGUUAAUGGCAUAAGACAAGAAUUGUCAUUUGUGGAUGGAUUUGAAGAUAACAGUAGUAAAGAUCAUGGAACCACUCUCAUUGGAAGCUGAUAAUGAUAUCAGGUUUGAUUGGAUUCAGUUAUUGUAAUUUUAUCAAAAAAACAUUUGAAAUAUUUUUGGUUUGUUUUUAUUUUUAAUUUAUUUUUUUUAAAGUUGGUUGAUGGUUUGGAGUAUAAGGAGUUUUGCGACUUGUUUCUCAUCUUUGUUCAUAGUUGUGUUUUAUAAUCAGUUUAUUAUAUUGAAAGUUGUAUAGAUAGGAGGGUGAUUCAUGAUUCAUCUUUUCUGAAACGCAACAUGCAAGUCUUUUUGUAUGAUGAAGAACUUUAAUUUUGAAUAAGGGCAGAAAAGGUUCCUUUUUUGCAAUGAACAUGGCAAUAAAACUUUAUGGAGUUAAAGGAAAGGACCUUUUUUCACAACAAAGCGUAAGCAUAGGGACUCAAUUGUAACAUAAAACCUGAACCGAAAGUGCAAAAGCUUUAAAGAUAUCUAGUAGUUUCCAAAUCCAUCAGCCGAAAGUGUAAGCUUAAAGAUAUCUAGUGGUUUCCAAAUCCAUCACGAUUGGUCCUUUUGAUUGUUAUCAUCAAAGGACCUCCAUUAAUUAUGGGAAUGUCUUUUACGCAUUUUUGCCAUUUUAUUUAUUUAUGUUUAACUAGAAUAAUUUUUUUUAGAGUAAAUUA